AUGAAUCGAACUUCAGAAAGCGUGGAACCUACUCCUUUAGAUAAAAACACUAUCCAUUGGAGUCGUGAACGGGUGCCGGUAGUCGUAGAAACCUCAUCUGCUGAAAAUGAUGUUGACAAUGAAGAUGACGAUAAUUCAAAGUUACAACGGAUCUUUAUGGUAAACCGAUGGGUUCCCAAACAUCAACAAAAUAAUGAAAGAAAAGACAGUAGCCCUUUAAAAGCUCAAUGA